AUGGUCGAGAUCCUUGGGGAUUAUGGGCAUAAUUUUACCUUUAUUUUCCAAGUGCUGCGUGAGAAAAAAUGGAUGACAUCUAUACCUUCUCAACUGAAAAUUUGGAUAGAGCAAAUGUUGGAGAAGACCCAUCCACGACCCUUUCUCCUCCGUUCGCACCUCCGGCCAUCACCCACCGGUGUUCUACUCCCUCCACCUCCAGCGACGAACCCUACCGCCGCAAUUCCAACCUUACCUUCACCAUCUCUCUCAAUCGCCUCCAACAACAACAAGAACCCUAACCCCCAAAUUACCCCUUCUCCAACUGCGAGCCUCGCCGGUGUUUUCUCCGGCCCGCCACCACCACCAUUCCGACAACACUUCAGCAGCCACCAUCUCUCUCCCCUCGUGACACCAACACCGCCCAACAGCAGCCCUCGACUUCAAUUUCUUAGACCACCGCCCAGCACCACGCUCUGUUUCGAUCUCCGACCACCAUCGAUUCCGGCCGCCGUGUCGCCGUCUCCGACCUCCGUUCAGACCUCCAUCACCGUAUACUUCAUCAGACGCUCCACUCUCUUCACCGAAAACCAACGAGCAGUCCACCAUCUCCGACCCCACAACUUCACGGUGAGUUCGCCCUCGGACUCUCCUUCUCGCGACAGAGCACCGCCGGCUCUCUCUCUCUCGACCUCACGA